GGGAGCCGAAGGAAGCCGGCGAGGCCUGCUGCAGGUCGGAGGCUGCCUCGCUUGGCCCGGCGCCACUUGCAGCCUGCAUUGCCUGAACCCCUCCCCGGCAGGCGAUCGGGCGGUCCUUACUCGGCGUCGCUGCUCCGCCCCGGGCCUGGAUUGGCGAAGAGGCCGCGGCCGCGGCCGCGGCUCCUCCCCGCCGAGUAGGGGCCGAGCGAGGGAAGGGGACGGAGGAGACGUCGGCCAAGGUAGCACCGGGGGAGGAAGCAGCAGCAAGCAGCAGCAAAUAGCAGAGGCGGCAGGAGCAGCCGAGGAGGCCCCGCGAGCCGCCGACUCAGCUCGCCCCUCGCCAGAAAUGCCCUUCAAAGGAUUGCGCAGAACACCGAGGGUGCUGUGAUGUCUGAAACUGCGCAGAGCGGCUGCUCCCUGAAGCGGUUUCUAGGUGCCAAAGACCCAGUCGGCCGCCGUGGUGGGCGAGACAAGCUACUGCAGGAGCCUCGCCGUCAGACCGAGAUGGAUUGGCUGUGACAACCUGCCUCAGGUGGAGGUGGAGAGUUAUGAUGAAGAGUUCCUGCCGAGCGGGCCUCCACCGGGAACUGCUGAAUUCCACAUCCUCCACAUUACACCCGGUCAAACGAAUACCUGGCAUGCACUUAAAGCCGUAUCUUAAGUUACAGAAAAAAGAGCGGUCUCUUGAAAUAAGCCUGGACCCUCCCCGAAGCCCACCCAUGAGCCAGCCAAGGUUGGCGGAAGAGGAGGACCCUACCAGACCCCAGCCAAGUCUCUUUCUAAGCCCCCCUCCUCGGAAGCCAUUGGGGAGCCCCUCCCCCAACACGACCUGCAGCACGAACGGCAGCAAGAGCCGCACAGAAGGACCGAGCGCUAAGGAGAGAAGAGCUGCCCUGCCGGCCACCAUCCACCAGGGGGACGAUGGAGAAGGACCGCUGGAUAUCUGGGCAGUCGUGAAGCCAGGGAACACCAAGGAGAAGAUUGCCUUCUUUGUAGCCCAUCAGUGCAACGACAACUACAGGGUAUCCUCCGUGAAGAACAAAAACAGCUGGGACAUAGAUGGGAGGGCGACGAAACGCCGGAAAAAGUCGCUGGAUAUCAAAAAGGCGAAGAUCCACUUGGAAAGGAUGAAAGAGGCCAGCGGAAGGUGUUACCAGCCGGAGCCGUUUGCCUGCGGCAUUGAGCACUGCUCUGUGCAUAAUGUGAAUGACAGUGGGGAUGGGGGGUUCCCCGGACGGCCCUUGUCAGUUGUUGAGAUGGUUGCUUAUCUGGAACAAAGAGCAAGCAUUUUGCUGGCCGGCUGCACUAAAAACUGCCCCAGUGCAUCCGCUGUGAUCAAGGUUCCCGGGCAACCCAAAGCUGCCCCUGCUGCCGCUGCUGCUGCUGGAGCCUUCCCCACCUUGGGAGCCUUCGAAGCUCACUCUGAAAAGGCAGUCUGCGUGGGGAGCGGUAGCAGCAGCGGUAGCGAUGGAGAGCAGCCGGCUGAGCCAGUGCGCGUGUUGGACAUGGUAGCAAAGCUGGAAUCGGAGUGCCUCCGGCGCCAGAGUGAACGCGAAGCGGGGUCCCUGUCGAGGAACAACAGCUUCCGGAGGAAUGUGGGGCGGAUGCUGCUGGCGAGUGGGAUGCCACCUGAGAAUGAAGCCAGCAAGGUGUCCUCUGGGGUUCUCAACCAGGAAGAAGGUGGCAAGGAGGACGACAGUAAUGGAUGGAGAUCAAAGCACCGUUCUUCAGAGGAAAAUCAUUCAUGGGACGGUCUAUCGGUUGGCCAGUCCUCUUCAUUUGCAGAUGCUCUUGAGGGCAACAACGGUCUUCAGCUUGACUGGGGAGGCUCAGGCUCACCUUGUGGCAGCUGGCAGGAUUCCGAAAAGAUGACCAAACCACCUAUCCCCUCUCCGUGUCCGGAAGCUGCUCACACAUCCUCACAUUCCUUGCACAACAAAAAUGCGACUGUUGAUUGUACACCGAAACAGCCAGUAACUCUUCCUAACCUGAAUUCACACGUAAGAAGGAGAGAGUCCUUAAACAUUAGCAUCUCUGUCACCAAGACGGAUGCAAGUUGCAGAACCACCCAGCCUUCUAACACCAGCUUUGGCGAAGAUUCCCUGCCAGGAAGGCUCUUCUUGCUUUUAUCUCCCCAAAGGCGCCUGCGGUCAGGGGAGGCUCCCACAGAAGAAUGCCAAGCAGAUCCUCGGGGGAAGGAAUCCUCCCCUGGUGACGAACCUUCGUGCACGACAAGCCUCCUUUCUGGGGAGCCCCCAGAGUCACCCUCAGAAAGUGCUCUGCAGGUCCUUGGCUCUUCCUGUUUAAAGAGGCAGAGGUCUCAUGACUUUUUGGAGACCCGCUUUAAGAUCCAGCAGCUCCUGGAGCCCCAGCAGUACCUACUCUUCCUGCCCCACCACAUCAUCGUGAAGAUAUUUGGCUUGCUCCCCACCAGGGGUCUGGUGGCCCUCAAAUGCACGUGUGGAUAUUUCAAAUUUAUCAUCGAGUACUACAACAUCAGGCCAGCAGACUCCCGCUGGGUCCGCGACCCUCGCUACCGGGAAGACCCUUGCAAGCAGUGUAAAAAGAAGUACAGCAAGGGGGACGUCUCGUUCUGCCGCUGGCACCCCAAGCCCUAUUGCCAAGCCCUGCCGUACGGCCCUGGGUACUGGAUGUGCUGUCACCGAUCCCAGAAGAGCGUCCCCGGUUGCAAACUCGGCCUUCACGACAACCACUGGGUCCCUGCCUGCCACAGCUUUAACCGUGCUCUUCACAAGAAAUCCAGGGAAACUGAGGAGGACUGUUAACACGUCCUGCGUUGUCUUUUGGGAGCCUCAGUCUUUGGUGGGAGGGGAAAAAAAUUACGCCUUGUGAUGUUUACAUUGUAUAUAGUUUGUGGGUGGCUUUCCCCCCCCCUUUUCCUCGCUACACAGGGCUAUGAAACUGCACAUACUUCUAAAUCACAAGAGCCUUUACCUUUUAGAGGGAAAAAUACAGCGUUUAGCCCAUCUCUGUUCAUAAUGCUCUGGAAUCUCUUUGUCCGUAAGAGUGUCUGAUAGCUGGUUGACCAACUUUUAAAUUGCUACAAUGCAGCUACAAGAGUCUUGCAGCUACAGUCCCGUGUUUUAAAAGUGUCUCAUUUUCAAAAUCUGUAUAUCCUGUACAAAAUAUACAUAUAUAUAUAUAUAUAUAAAUAUAUAUUGAAAAUGUUUCUGAAAAGAAACUCUAAAUAGAUGAAAGAUGAAUCUUCAAAAAAGAUGGCUUAACUGGACAACCUUAAAAAUAGACUAGAACAAAUAUUUGUUAUAUCUUAGGGUGGCAGGAGGCAAAAGAGGAAUAUUGUCAUAGAGCAAAGAGUAUUAAGGGGAAAAAACUGGUCUGCUGGGCCCAUCUUCCCUGGCUUUUGUUUUUUUUACUUAAAAUAAAAUGUGCAUUCUAAAUCCA